AUGAUUAUGAACUCUAAUGUUGUUUAUGGGGCCAGUGUUUGUCAUAAUGGCUCCGCAACCAGUGAUUACCAGAACUAUCACCACAAUCACCCAGAUUUGACAUAUUAUCAGACUUCCAAUGAAUUGUCAACUGCAUCGACAACUGGCAUCAUAUCCGGGGCCACACCAAACACUAACCAUCAUUCAUAUGCAUCGCCAUUGCAUAUGUCAUCACAAGUGCACCAAUUUGGAGAUGGUAUUAUCAGUGAACCCAAUGGAUUGAGUUAUACUAAUUUAGACACCCAGUUAUCACAACCAAAUUAUGCCACAAAUCCUGUCCCACCACAUCACCAAAGACUUAGUCAUUAUAGUGAUGCCAGAUCUGGUGCUGUAGUACCACAAGCACCUCCAUUAGGUCCGCCUGUAGCUCAAGGCCCACCACAGUUGUCAGUCACACCAACACAUCAAAGCUAUACUCAUCAAUACAGGGACUUCUCGCACACCGAUGGCCCACAAUUAUCGUCAGGACAUCAGGACAUGUUAACCGCAUUAUCUGAUUGUGCCGUCAGAACAGGCAUUUCAGGCACACCAACAACAACACCUCAAUACUCGACAUAUUUAGACACAAGUUUAUUAUCGCGAAGAAAUAGUAAUUCAGUCCAUCAAACGAGUAUACAUUCGGCACAUUAUGGAGACGCCCAACCAUUUGCCGAUAUGACAUGUGGUCAACUAAAUGGUACGGCCUAUCAUUUAAAUCAUUUGGCAUCACAUUUGCAUCACUCGCCACAUCAUACCCAUCACCCGCAUCAUCACUCGGCCUCAACACGACAGUCCCAAAACAAUUCAAUAUCGGCAGCACCAGUGCCUCAAUACAAGUGGAUGCAAGUGAAGAGAAAUAUACCAAAACCUAACUUAAACAAAGCGCCGGAUUUCAGUUUCAAUGGAGGGCCUCAAUCAGCGAUCGCCGUCUCUAACUGUGCCUCAUCUGCCAGUCUGGCAGCUGGUCUCGCGGCCAACAAUACGGGCAGAACUAACUUUACCACAAAACAGUUAACCGAAUUAGAAAAGGAGUUUCAUUUUAAUAAGUACUUAACUCGCGCGCGAAGGAUUGAAAUCGCAACCGCUUUACAGUUAAAUGAAACUCAGGUUAAGAUUUGGUUUCAAAAUAGACGAAUGAAACAAAAGAAGCGAAUGAAAGAAGGAUUGAUACCAUCGGACACAUCAACACCUCCGCCGUCGGGAAAUCGCGAAAACUCAUCGCUUACUCAACACUCGGACUCAUCAAAUCCGGCUUCACUUUCACCGACUUCUCCCAAACUAAAUGACGGCUCUUCAGGUCCACAGUAA